AUGAUAGUACUCCCAAGCGAUUGUAUAGACCUACAAAGCGAUAAACCGUUUCGGAGGCGUGGGCUCCCUCUCUCUCUCUCUCUACAUUGUAACUUCGAUGCAUUCUCUAUACGGUGCCGAUACUCGCAUGACAGUUCGGACUGCCUCCGUGGACUAUCACCAAAAAUUCAAAGGCAGGCGCAGGCGACUGAAACUGAGCAGAGGGAUCGCGGUAGCUGUCAGAGCCCCACUUCCCAGGCACCAAAAACAAUGGAAUAA